ACUAGUUCUCUGUCACAACCUACGUCUUUAAUCAAUAACGAUUUUGGCGGAUUUUGGAAGUUGGUUAUAGCUUGUAACAUUUCCAGACCGCAGAGGAAUGAUUCCAAAGGAGCUCGCAAAUAGAAAAAUGGAAACAAUAAUCUUUGAAUGAUAAUUCAAUUCUGACGGACACGCUAGCCAUACUUGGAGCAAGUUCAGGCAAACCUCGCAUUAUUCAGUCUCUCGUGAAAUAGCCAGGAAUUAAAGAGAGCGUCUCAUAAUUUCAACUACUGGAGAGACAUUAUACAAGCAGUUUAUUCGGCAAAAGGUACCGGUUUUUCUUUGAAUAUUGUUUUAAAUUGUAAUUUAGCGUCACUAAAUAUGAUACGGUAAUUAGUAGAAUGGUUUUGCUUUUGAAGUCGUUGUUUUCAGCUUCACUGCAGUUUACAAUAGUUUAUGCAAUCAUCUUGCACUUCCCCUUUUCAUAAUCUCUGGAAAAAAACUUUCAAAUUCGCAACAAAGGAACAAAUGCUGUGAUCUGGCGUUAUUCUUGUUACAAAAUAGUAAUUUCUCUAAGGGAUUAGUAUUGUUCUAUUCAUUGGCUCUCAAUGUCUGGGAGUUUAGCAACCACAUAGAUCUCUUGUGGAAUGCGCUCUCCCAGCACGAAGUGCUUUUAAUAACAUUCGAUCACUGAAAGAGUAUCAUAAAAGGGCAUAGAACAUUGUCAGCGAAGUAAAGGAAAUAAAGCAUUAUCGCUGGCAAGGUUCAAGUAGAAUUUGGCUUGUACUAUUAAAUUUCAGGGGGAAGCCGCAGUAAGAAAAAGCCCUUCGGUUAUCGUGAGAUGUUAAGUUCCGUUUAGCAGCAUAAAUUAGCUGACAGUCGACAACGAAGGCUUCGCCUUUCUUAAAAAAAUAUCAAGAAACAUUGUAUUCAUGCAGGGCAGCUAAGAAUAAAAAAACCGUUCAAAUACGAAAAUUCAUAACUGAUAUAUUCAAUUCAAUCAACAAAAACAAGUUUCCCAAAAAAUAUUUCUGAUAGAAAAAAGUUAGAGUUUCAUUUAACUUUAAACAAAAAAAGAGAUACAACCUGUAGUUGGCAACCUUGAAAAUCCUGACUUUUAAAAUUUGUCUUUUAAUAUUUUAAAGUAUUUUACAGCCUCUGUUCACUAGUACGUUUUAUAGGAUAUGUUAUCCAGCCAGUUAGCCAGUUUACGGGAGACAGUUUUCUUAUUCCUUUGUUAGAAAUGACAUUCGAUAAUCAUACCAUUUAAUUAGCUGGACCCCUUCUGAGUAUUCGACGGUAAGUUCGGCUCACUAGCAAUUAUAGACCUGUCUUAUUCCUAUUUUUUGCUAUUUAGUUUUUUGUUUUUUGUUUUUUGGUUUUUUUUUUUAAGUUCGGCUCACUAGCAAUUAUAGACCUGUCUUAUUCCUAUUUUUUGCUAUUUAGUUGGCAAACUGACUCCAGGCACGCCAGGAUAAUUCGGGGAGUGAAACGAAACAGCAAAGCAAAUUAAGACUAACAAAAUGCUUUGGAAAGAUAACUUGAAACUUCUAAUUCAUUUUUUUGUUAUAAAUUUACGUUAAAUUUUCUUGAUGUAUAUAAAUGUCGAUUACAUCUAGCACUUGACCUUACAGACGAGGACCGUUUCCUUGGGAGAAUCCAAGAUCAGAUCAUUGAUGUCGGCUUCUCUAAAUUUUGCUACAACGUAAGACACGAAAAACCCGAAAAUGGAUUGUUAAGCGUGCCAGCAAUUAAUAUUGGACGACCCCCUGAACCGCGAGAAGAUCGACGGAAGACAAGCGGGUAUCGCUUAUAAUGGCCAUAUGUACUUGCUUCGGAACCGUACUCAAAGAAACACAGGAACCGUGAAUCCUGAAUAACCGGAUGAAUUCACUAGUAUGCAUUUUUUAGUUUCAAAUUCCUUUUUAGACUUCAGUAAAGAAACUUGACGUCAAUUAAAUUCCGCGCUCGGCGCGCGUAAUUCAUCAAUAGUUCACCCCACGUGGAACACGAUGUUUUAUAUAAAAAUAUAUGGUACUGGGAUCCUACAGAGAGUUUCAAGGUCUCCCUCGACAAAAAAAGCCGUCUAGACUUCUUGUUACCUUAAGACAAGAUAUUAGGUUCUUCUCCUGAGUUCAGCUGUUGAGUGUAAUGACAAAGUGAGCACAGAUACAGGGGAAGCAAAUACAAAGUCCACUUUUUUUAAAAAAAAGAUGAUGUAUGGUUUUAUUCGGUAAAGUGACAGAGGGUUUUUUACCUAUUGAAUGUGGUACACGUAGCUAUCCCAGCUUUGAUUAUAUUCAGUUGUUACAUUAACGUAUGUCAUUCGUAAGUCAUAAGACAGCAUUCUCUUGAAGUUCCGUUAAAAAUUCGGUCGUGGAAAGCAACGUCUCCACACUAAAAAUUUGCGCUUAACGAAAAGCAGUUUCAGAAUGACGCAUUAUAACUUGAAAUUUUCCUUUGAAAAAUUCUGUUCCGCUGGUUUAAUAUACAAAACAUGUCUUGUCAUGAUUAAAAGUGCGCGCAUUGGUCAUUAAUAAAGAAUGCUUUCUGUCCAUUACUGCACAUGCGCAGAGGGGGUAUAAAUUUGGCGCGCGUGGACGGCGGUCAGGCAGGUGCAGGGGAGCGGGCGCGUGAGUGCGCCUUCAAAGUUAGAGACUCGUCGUGAGAUAGAACACGAUACCAUUCUUACGAACGCAGCUAGAAACCUUUCACAGGUAAGAACUCUAUCAAACUAAAGCGAACUUUACAUGUUAACUUGCGUUUCAGCUAGUUCUUGUUUUCAAGUUGUAUUCCGCUAAAGUGGAAGUGAACUACGUAAUCCUGUUUACAAACUGGAUAAAAUGCUCACGUUAGAUUUAGAGUGUACCAUGCUGGCACGUAUUGUUCACCACAUUAAAGCUGGACAAACAGUUGUUGUUCGGACUAGACUUGAAUUGGACAACACCUUUCGAUAAAUAAAUAUAUUGCUCGUUCAUUUUAAAGCUCAAAUGAAGCUUUUUCUUGCGUUUAGUUUGUAAAAUAACUGUGUGACAACGAAUACGAGCUAUUAUAAACACUCGAGGAACUGCGGUGUCAACAUUCAGCAAAAAAGUUGAGCUCGCAUCAGCUAGCAGCCUAUCAUUACACUUACUAUACUUUGCAGAGUUUUUAUAAAUUUCUGUCUUUACAGUCGUUUGAAUGCCGAAGGUCUCUAAUUUUUCUUGUUUAUCGAAAGUUAAUAUGAUAAACUCAGUGAGGAUGCAAAUUACGCGCUUUGAUUCAGGCCCGGAGUCAAUGACAAAGGCGAAAGUGUUAUACGACAAGCUCAGAGCACUUGGUAACACGAAUUGAAAUAUUUACAUAACAUAAGUACCUAUUUAUUUACAGGUUUUCUUUUCUUAGGAAAGACUCCAAGUCAAAAUGCUGAAAGUUUUUGAAUCGGGACAAAAGCGGAGUGAAGUUAGAAAAAACAACGUAACCAAAACCACUUGGGAAUUUACCCGACAAGACUUAAACUUCUUGCUUUUUGGAUAUUUUACUUCAAAGGAUGAGUAUGUCGGAGUUGGCCAGGAUCUACAAGGUAAUAUUUGUUUAGAUAACCUAUCUGUCUCUUUCAAGUUUGAUUUUGUUUACCUAGUACGUGCUGUUUUUGAGGGAUUAUUGCAAUUCUAAAAAAGUCCAUUGUAGGAAAGCUUUGCCUAUAGUUAGGUUACAUGUUGUAUGCUUUGUCGUUAAUUGUGUUGAUUUUCUUUUGUUUUUUAUGUUGUAAUUAUUGCCACGACUUACGCUUUGCUUAGCGACACACAAUAGUUAAUCAGUGACUUACAUCGAAAAACAUAAAGGCGCAAGGAAGCAUAACGAACCGAUUGUAAACGCGAGACCUUCUAUGGAAAUUUUUGGCGUACUUGUUCUCCCCCGGGAAACUGUCAUUAAGUCUUAUGCCCUCUUAAAAGGAAACAUUCUGUUGUAAAAGCCUUGUUGCUUGGGAGCUGAAAUUGGAUAAGUUAAUACAAUUGCUGUAAAUUGAAUAGCAAGAAGCGAAAGCUUUCAAGAAAGAUUGAAAGCGUUUAAAUAUAUUGCUGUACAUUUGCAGCGCAAAUACCAUUCACUCUCUUUGACUUUGAUUGAAAAAUAACCUGUGCACUGAGGGUGUAAUAAUUUAGUGUGUUUUUCCCGGCUUUUGUUAAGUUCUGUCUGGUUCUUUAACCAGCGAAAACGCCCCCCACAGUAGGGAAAUAAAUUGAAAAUAUUUUUUAACUGUGUUAUUUUUGAGGAUAAGACCAUUCAGCAAAAACUUAAUUAUAAGAAAACUGCGCGAUCAAGGACGUGACUUGUGGGAGUUACAGAAGUGGCUUUGCGUAUUCCAUUUUUUUAUUAUACGUAUUGAAACUGAAGGUUCCGGAAACUUGCAUUUCAUUGUUAUGAUUAGCUCAUUUGUGAAAGCUUAUGCUUCUAUUGAAAGUAAAAUGGAGUCUCGAUUUUAAUUUCAUCGCGCAUUUUUGAAAAACCGGAAAACUCAACAUCAACAGCCUUUUUUAAAACCAUUGACAAAUGACCUGCUAAAACUGAGCAAACGUGAAUUUUGUAACCUGAUCAAGAACGUUAUGUACUUACUAAUUACCUGAGAACAACGUUAAAAGCUUUAGCGUUUUCUAAUAAGUAAAUUGCAUUUUCUUUUUUUUGGUGCACAAACUUCCCCAAUUAAUUUUUCUUAUAAUAUACAGGAAAACCGGCCACAUAUUCCCAAACCACUGACCAUCAGUAGUCAUAGUAAAGUUCUACAAAUGUUUCAUGGAAGGUUUCAUGUUCUCGUUUUUGUCUCAGUAUAGUCAUUUCAAAACUUUACUUUUCUUUGGUUGUAUUUCUUUUGUGUCUUUCCCUUUGAAAUGAAAAAAAAACAACAACAACAAAACCUAAAAAAAAGAUCGGGUUUUUAAUAUUGGCUAGCGUUUUUUGGAAUAUAAACUAGAAAAAAUUAAUUAAGUCAUCCGCUGGAAAAUUGUCUUCCCAGUUAACUUGGCUAUCUUCUGGUAUCGCUGUGUCAAUAUAACCGUUUAGUCUGGCUUUACAACUGUUGUAAAUAAUAGUCUGUUAUAAAAUAAGCUUUAUAAGACGUGUUUUUAAUCAAGUCAAGAUUUUUUUAAAACUGACUGGCGGAUUUUUCUAGUGACCAAGCUGCGUUUUUUUAGCGCGCUAGUGGCAAGAGACAUCGCGCGGUGAAGACGAUCCACUUCGUGCAGUCCGGGGAUAAAGGGCACGUGAGUUUCGCCAUAUUCUUUUAGUGCUCCAUCAAAGUUUCAAUUUUUUUCAUAAUUAUUCGAUUUAGCAUAAUGGCAGGUAAUUCAAUUUUAACAUGGCUUUGAACUCAGGUCACGAAUUCCAUGCAAGCUGGCGUGAAGCUCAUAAACUAACUUUACGAGAAAAUAUACUUUGGGUUAGAUAGAACCCAUCUUGAGUCUUUUUUUGUUCCAGUAUCAGAAACGAGCCACUCAACGGUGUAGACGCGCUUUUAAUCUUUAGAAUGAAAAGAAGACCAUCAGUAUUCCAGACGUGUGCGUGUAUAUUUUGAUCCAUUAAUAUGAUCUCAACAUGCGAGCCAAAUGAAACUUAGAGGAAAAAGUCAUUAGAAUAAUGAUAAAAAUAAAACGAAUUUGAAUAAUAACCUGAAGAAAAGUCUUCGAAUGAAUAUAAACUCAAUGCACCAUCGCAGUUUUUUUACUGGGCGAUGUUAUUGCCGACGCUACAUAUACACGUAGAAGGAUACUUCGCAUUUUCGUCUCAAAAAUUCAAAAAACCUUAAUUAAAGAGGCCGAAUUACUUUUCUGUGUUAUGUACUUUUUAUAAACUUACUAGCAAACCGGCGAAAUGAUUUCAAUACGUACUCUCAAGUGUAUAGGUUUUGUGGAUUGUCAGUUGUUUUCAUCAUCACAUUAAAGCAUAUCGCAUGCGACGGGGUUAUUCCGUGUAAAUUGGUUUCUAAAUGACGUUAAAUGAAUCCCAAAAAGUGUUGUGACCUAGUUGGGGGAGCAUCUCUGUCUCACAAUCGAUUGCGAAAUUUUGGGAGUGUUGAGUGUUACGCUUACUUUCGACAAGAGUAGACCCCACGAGCUAUAGACUAUAGACCUUGUCACGGUUUUCGACGCCAUCUUGACGAGUAGGCAAACGCGUGAGAAAUUACAGUGAUUGUAUGAGAAUCUAAUGUUGAAUAAUUUCCGUAGAACGGCUGUUCUGAAAAAAUUAUGAUUUGUAAACUAAAGUUUCACUCCUAAGGAUUCUCCUGAAAAAAUUUGAGGGUGUUACAUGCAGUAGAAGACCUAGAACCACUUAUUAAAAUUUUCUAUACAUUUGUCGGUAAGAAAGUCCCGGGAAAAUUACAGACAAGUAUAUGGAAAAUUUAAAGCAAGCCUGUGGAGAAAUUUAAGCACAGGUACGCCCCCAAAUACUUUUAAGACAAUCCUUUGCUUUGUAGCUUUAGUUUACAAUUGAUAUUUUGUUCAUACAAAGACUGUAAUUUCUCACACGUUUGCCUACUCGCCAAGAUGGCGUCGAAAACCGUGAUAGGGUCUUUUCAAGUCAGGUUAGACAGAUUAGAAACCUUGAGACGAACGUAAACGCGAUGGGUCAUAGUACGGUUUGGGAGAGUUUCAAGCAAAGCACCAACUGACAUGACGAAUCUUCAUAGCCAAUAACAUCACGGCUUAACUGACAGACGACCAAUAACAUCGCGACGUAAUUGACCAAUCAGGUCAAUAACCAGAGUAUAAUACCAUCAACUGACGUGAUACAACUCACUUUGACUCUGAAGAUGACUACCGUACAGGUUGUCGAAACGCCAGUCACUGUCAACAACAGCAGUCCUACUCAGGACUACGUUCACUCGGACGAUCAAACUCACCCUACCAUGUUUUGAAAUGACUCCUGGAUUCAUACCUUUCACAGUUUCGUGCAUUACAACAUUUGCAACCAGUGUUUCGACCCCAUAUCUACAACUGGGAGUCAUUGGCAUUUAAAAAUGGCUAAAAUUUCGUUACAGAAUGGCAGUUAUUAUUAAAUUUCUUUCUGUGUUUAACAGUCUGUCUUUUUAAAAAAACUAACAAGACUCGUACGAGCGAACACCUAGCUCAUAUUUCAGUCCUAAUUUUCUUAACAGACUAACAUGUACGCUAUCUUUUAUACCAGAUGGAACUUCAAAGGACUGCUAUCCAAAUGUGCGGUUUGUCUGCGGGCCUGCUGUACCCUUCAAGUUAGAGAUGCCGUCCAAUGUGCCAAAGGAGCUGCAACUCAUCGGUGCAACACUCCACUCAGGAACCCAUUACGCUGUACUUUGCCGUCAAUCAUCCAUCACCAAGGGAACGCGGUACGGUCCUUACAACGGCUUGGUAGUGCAACCAUCAGAAGUAAGGAACAGAGAAGACACUGCCUUUAUGUGGGAGGUAAAUCACUUUAAUUUCAAAAGCUAGUUCUCUCACUAGACCGCGUAACCUGCGUGGCAGGCGCUGGUUAGGUUUUUAAUUUUGGUCAGGUUUCUUUUAGCGAGUGAGGGGAAAACACGCGAAGACAGAAAGCUCGCGCGUGUGUCCACGAAAUUUCUUCCCUCUUUAACAAAACUGGCGCCUGCUACGCAGGAUAUAUACUGCGCGCCAGAGUCCAUUGCCUCUCACGAGGAGAGGGUCAUUCCCAUGCAUCGUGUCUUUGAGUGCCACACACUCAAGUGUUUCACUCGCCCACCUGUCUCUAAGAAGGACUAUUGCAGUCUACACGUUUGGGCGCAAAACGCACGCCAAACUGGUUUGGAGACUCGGCCAAAUUCAUUCACUAAAAGAUUAAGCGAACUGUUUUUUGAUUGUUAUUAUGUAGGAUCGCAAGUACACCUUCUUUUCAUUGUCUAUUCAUGUAAGGUCAUACAGAAAGUAGAAAGAUCAGUCUCUUAUUUAACCACUAAUAAUAAACGUUCAAGAAGAGCAACUGAACUGGACUUUCAUUUCGAGAAUCAUUUAAAAUGUAGUUCUUAAUUCUAAGGAUUACAAUCAUGUGAAAAUUGUGGCUAUCAGUGGUGUACAAGGUUACUAAGCAGUACUUUCAUAUGGUGCCUUUUAUUGUCCGCAAAUGGGAGCUCAACAUUUGCGUCACUUGUUCUUCUCUAGUAGUUCACAAAGGAUAUCGGCUAAUUUUCAAACUGAGCCCCUUGUGUAGGAUUUUAGAAAACGAAUUUUUGAAUUUUGAUGAGAAAGAAUGGAAUUAAACCAACGGAAAUUGCCAGGUCCGGUUCCUCGAAAGAUUUUAAGCAAGGUUUUAUUGUCUAAGAACAUUCAUGUAACUCAUGCUUACAAAAUACACUUGAGCCUUAACUCUUUAUAGAUACAAUAAUGAUAACCCAAAAUGUUUCUCUAGGCAAAACAUAGGAAGGUAAAUACAAAAAGUAGAACAAAAUUAUAAUCCUGGAUUAGCGCUAAUCGGCCUUUCAGGAACCAGGUCCUGGACCAUAACAAAUACUCGAAAAUUCACCAUAUAAACUAUGACUAUCUUCAAAAUUCUUCUCAUGAUUUCGCCCCUUUGCGCUUUAAAGGUGUUCAAGGAAGAUGGUCUCAGUCACUACAUUGAUGGUCAAAGCGAACCUGACAACUGGAUGAAAUUCGUUAACUGCGCCAGACACAUUAACGAACAGAAUGUUGCGCUAGUUCAAGAUGGGGAUCAGCUGUAUUACGAGUGUUGUAGGGAUAUUUUCAGAGGGGAGGAGUUGUUGGUGUGGUAUGGAAACUCUUUUACUUUAUCCAUGGGAAUUCCGGUUGGUUUAAAUGUUGAUGAUAUCAAAGAAGAAGUGACACCUGAUCCGGAGUUCACAGGUAAAAUGACCUAGUGUGUGCGUAUUUCUUUCCUAUCUUUUUAAUAUAUAUUUUAAAGGAAUGAUUAAAAAGACGCAAAAAAAAUAAAAAUUAAACGAAGGAUAAAUUAGAGCCACAAUUCUAUAAAAUUAUCCACUCUGGACAUAUCGCUUUCGUCCGAAAAUAUCCGUACACGAGAUCAUUAACAGCGCUCAUUUGUGAGGUUUUCGAACUUGCUGCAACCUCGGACAAAACUGUUGGGACAGUUUCAAUCUAUUUUAUAACUUUAGGGCCAUACUACCAUCCCUCUGAACAGUAAAACUAAAAUCCCUUCCCACCCUCUAUUCAAAGUUGUUUGGGCGGGUCUACAAACCUUCGUGUUAAGAAUUCUCGUGUUUUCCUAAACAACAUUGGAUUAUAAAGGGGAGGGGAAAAAACAAGCAUUCAUUUGGCGACAGGUGCCAUUUUGCCAGGAAUGACAAGAAAAAAAAUUGGUGCUUUUGCGGUUUUGUACGAGGUUGUAUCGUUCACCGUCUUGGGAGUUCACGCAGGAUUAUUUUUCAACUAAUGUUCCAAACUUAUUUGUUUCUUCCGCCUUUUUAGGGUCGUCAGGAGAGUUCAAGUGUGAACGGUGUGGUAAGGUGUUUGCCUAUAAAUACUACCGAGACCGUCACCUGAAAUACACGCGCUGCAUUGAUACAGGAGACAGGAAGUUUCCAUGCAGCGUAUGUAACCGCUCCUUUGACAAGCGGGAUCGUCUACGCAUUCACGUGCUUCAUGUCCACGAGAAGCACCGUCCUCAUGAAUGCACGGUUUGCGGGAAGCGUUUUUCUCAGUCUUCCAGUCUUAACAAGCAUAUGAGAGUACAUAGUGGCGAAAGACCGUAUAAAUGUCCUCACUGCGUUAAAGCCUUCACGGCGUCUUCCAUUCUGCGUACCCACAUUCGUCAACAUAGUGGGGAAAAGCCAUUCAAGUGCAAGCAUUGUGAGCGUGCGUUCGCCUCGCACGCCGCACAUGAUAGUCACGUGCGACGCACGCAUACGAAAGAGAAGCCAUGCGUGUGCGAGUACUGCGGAAAGGCUUUUGCGCAGUCAUACGAACUGAAGUUUCAUAUCAACAUGCACACUGGAGCCAAGCCUUACACCUGUGAGAAAUGCGGCAGAGCGUUUUCAAGCCCUUCAUCCCGUGACAGACACCGUGCUAAUUUUGACUGUAUGACGAGAAAGAACCGUGCACCUAAGGUGAUGCGCAAGAAUCCAUUAAAUGGUUCGCAAGUACUUGAAGCUAUAACUGCUUGA